CCCCAUUCUGCUUCCGGAAAUAAAGUCGUGUCGGUCAUAAUAUCAGAGGUCCUUAGUUACUAACGUAUAAAGAAUGGAUGCCCUGGCACACAUGCUUUCAGAUGCGCUGGAUCCAAAAGAAGAAAACCACGGCCAGAUCACAGAAGAAUGUCUGUUGGGAAACACCGUAGUCAGCCUUCCAGAGGACUUACUUGAGGAUCCCGAGAUUUUCUUCUCUGUGAUGAGUGAAAGCACCUGGACUGAAGUCCUGACAGAUUCCCAGAGGCAGCACCUUCGUCAGUUCUUACCACAGUUUCCUGAAAACAAUAGUUCAGAACAGGAGAGUGUCAUCAGUGACCUGUUCAACGACAGAAACGUCCACUUUGGAAACCCCGUUCAUCUUGCGCAGAAACUAUUCAGAGAUGGUUACUUUAACCCUGAGGUGGUCAAGUACAGACAGUUGUGUGCCAAGUCUCAGAGAAAGCGGCAGCUGUACUCCCUGCAGCAGUACUACCACCGACUCCUGAAGCAGAUUCUUGUCUCCAGAAAGGAGCUGGUUGAGGUUGCAACUCAAAACGGCCUGGACUUCUCACCCAAAAGAAAGUUCCAGACAAAGACUCGUGCGGAGAAGCGAGAGCCAAGAGUGAAGAGAAGAAUAAACCGCAUUUUAAAAGAGGUCAAAAAUGAGUGUGGAGACAGCAAUCCUUCAUCUGACGAUGAUGACGUGUCAUUAUGGAACCCAGCACCACCGUCACCUUCUUCUCCGACCCCCACCGUGCCUCUCAGGGUUCUCCACAGCCUCUCCACUCAAGACAUGAAGACGGCCGAAAAAGUUGAGCUGGGUGAACAGGACUUGAAGGUCAUGCUGCAAAACCACAGAGAAAAGAGAAAACGCCAGCCUGACGAUCCAGACCUGAUGACCUCUGACAUCCAACUCGCCGACAUCCUUUCAAGAACAAAUAUUGGUCGUAAGGGGACAAUGUCACUCUUUGAUCUGUCCCUGCCAAAGAAGAAGAUGAAGGAUGAGAGGAGGAAAAAGAAAAUCAGGCCCAUCAAAGUGGAAUCUGAGGAACUGUUUGACUCCCUCACUCCUGCAGACACCCCGUCCGCUCCGCUGGGAAACAUCAGCAUCACCUCCCUGCCUGAGGCCCCUUCGACUCCCCUGGUCAACAUCAAGGAGGAGUGAGUCCCCGAGGCUCAGAGCAGCCCCCUGGCCGUGGAGGAAAUAUCUGUCAGUUUCUUCAGCCUGUUGCAGAACAUCCUGAGGGCGGAGGUCCUGUCCACCACCUCCACGCUGGAAGAGAAAGUUCUGCUGUGGCAGUCGUCUCCGGCCAGUUCGCUCAACCCCUGGUUUUCUUCUGCCUCCUGUUGGUCAGAGUUGGUUCUUCAAGCGCUGCAGUUUCUUGCAGGAGAAACCAAAGAUGGAAUGAUUGCCCUGCCCAGCGGCUUUUCUCCCUUUGUUGAGUUUUCUGAGGAUUUUCAGCAGUGGAGGUGGAUUGGUCCCACCCAGGACACAGAGAAAGAUCUCAGUGCACUUUGUCAACUGUGGCUGGACUCCAAGGACUUAGUUGUCAAGACAGAAAAUGAGGACCUGCUGGAGAUGACCUCACCCACGCAAAAAAUCAACUCCACCGAUUACGUGGUUCGUCCCAGCACUGGAGACGAGAGACAAGUGUUCCAAGUUCAGGAGCUGCAGCGCUACAACCAGCCUCACAAGGCCUUCACCUUCAGGAUGCAUGGCUUCGAGUCUGUGGUUGGACCAGUGAAAGGAGUGUUUGACAAAGAGAUGUCACUGAACAAAGCCAGGGAACACACACUGCUGCGCUCCGACCGACCGCCAUACGUCACCAUUCUCUCCCUGGUUCGUGAUGCAGCAGCCAGGUUACCUAACGGGGAAGGAACACGAGCAGAGAUCUGUGAGCUGCUGAAGGACUCUCAGUUUCUUGCUCCAGACGUCACCAGUGCUCAGGUGAACACCGUGGUCAGUGGAGCUCUGGACAGACUUCACUACGAGAAAGAUCCCUGUGUGAAGUACGACAUCGGCCGCAAACUCUGGAUCUACCUUCACCGUGACCGCAGUCAGGAGGAGUUUGAGCGGAUUCAUCAGGCCCAAGCUGCCGCUGCAAAAGCCAGAAAAGCGUUGCAGCAGAAACCCAAGCCGGCGUCGAAACCCAAGUCUGGGAGUAAAGAUGGCGGCGGUAAAACUCCUGGAUGUCUGGACGUGGCUUCAGAGAUCACUUCUAAUUCCACGUCACCCAACUUGACGACACCCGCCCCAAACACCCCGGGGACGCCAAAGUCCCCCAUACCCUGUCCCACCACCACGCCAACAAAAACCGGAGUUCCUGAUUCACUGAAGUCCACCCCAGGCGUCCUCCUCGUCUCCCCUCCGUCCUUGCCGCAGCUGGGGACCCUCCUACCCACCAGUCAGUCCGCUCCAGCGGCCUCGCAGCCCGUCACGUCGCAGCACGCGGCACGGAUCGUGAGUCACCUGGCCGCGGGCUCCCUGCCACAGGUCCGGGUGGUUUCUGCUCAGGCCGGUCUCAGCUCCACGGCCGCGGGUCAGCAGGCGACGCUGGUGCAUCAGAACCCUCACCAGAUCAGGAUGCCGGUGUCGGUGGCAGCGAAGGGCCUUUCACAGACCGUGGUGUCCGUGCCUCUGAGGAGUCCGUCCGUCAGCAGUCCUGUCCAGGUACCGACCAGUCUGUCGGUGUCGGCCGUGACCGUGUCCAAAGCUCAGACUCCUGGUCCCGCCAACAAUCCCGGCUCCACCGCAGUACGGCAGGGAGUGAGCAGCACCAACAUCAAACAGGUCUCCAUCACGGGACAGCUGGGAAUGAAGACUCCAGGAGCUGCAAUUCCAAUCACAGCCACCAACCUGCGCAUCCAGGGCAAAGAUGUCCUCCGCCUCCCUCCGUCCUCCAUCACCACGGACGCCAAGGGCCAGACGGUGCUGCGAAUCACGCCAGACAUGAUGGCGACUCUGACCAAGUCUCCCGUGGCGACGGUCAAACUCAGCCCCGACUUCCUGGGCUCCGCCGCGUCCGGGAGCAAAAGCAUUUCAGCCACGCUACACGUGACUCCGCCUCACCCGCCUCCCGCCUCCGCCGCAUCAGACGUACAGACCACCAAAGCCGGUCACGUGACCUCCACGCUGCUGAAGGCUGCGGGAGACACAGCCAUCCGUCUGAUGCCCACACUGGCCGUCACGGCCGACCAAAAGUCCAGGACCUUCACCACGGUGGCGUCCCCCGACAAGAGCGGCGCCACCAUCAGGAUAAUGCCUGGCCUGGGUGUCAUUCCUCAGAAGCAGGGGCAGACCCUCACCAUGACGACCACCAGCGGCUCUAAAACACUCACAGCGUCAACGUGUGCUAACGUGGUCACCAUGGCAGCCAGCGUUGUGGGCGGGGCCAAAGGAAUCACGGUGGCCCCCGGGGUCUCGGGGUCACCACUGACCCUGGGAACGGCCACGGCGAGGCAGGUCCCCGCUACGGUGGUCACCACGCAGACGGUAAGAAGGGAGAUCACCGUCCCUCUGUCGGUCCUCAACCAACCGCUGAAGAGCAAGAGCGUGGUGACCACGCCCAUUGUUAAAGGAAGCAUCAAUGCCAAUAUCAGCAGCCUGGGCAGGAACAUCAUCCUGACCACCAUGCCUGCUGGAACCAAACUGAUCGCGGGCAACAAACCCGUGAGCUUCGUCACAGCUCAACAGUUCCAGCAGCUGCAGCAGCAGGGACAGGCCACACAGGUUCGUAUCCAAACAGUUCCAGCGCAGCAGCUCCAGCAGCACAUGGCCACAGGAGCCCAGAAGUCUGUCUCCACCGUGGUGGUCACUACGGCACCUUCACCCAAAUGUCCACCUGACCCUCCACCCGCACCGCCACAGUGAGCGUCUCCACUAGUCUAGAUUAGGACUGCAGCUGUAGUCCCAGUGUAAUCUGAACAUCAGUUCCUAACUCUGGAACAGAGGGAUCUACAUUUGGAAUCACUAGAGAAGAAAGAAAAGAACAAGAACAUGAACCAACACCAGGAAUAUUGGACUGGGAGUUGGGGAGAAAAAAAAAAUCAAUAACUGAUCAAUGACUGAGGAGAUUGAUCUAGGCUCAGGAGAGGAGAUAUUUCAGUGUAUGGUGUUGUUUCUGUCGUGACCUUGUGGUGUUGCUGUGUCAAGUAUGAAGUACGACUGUGACGUGUGUGAAGUUCAACCUUCUCUGUUUUAUUUCGUGUUAAUACCAGACUCCGACAGCCACCGCUGCAGAGCACGUCCACGUGAACUCUCCUCAUGUUUCCUUCAUUAUUACAGCUCAUGUUUAAACAUUA